UGUGAGCUGCGGGUCCGCGGCUACCCAGGGAUCGCGGACUCCGACGCAGCACCCCUGGAAGCUGCAGCCCUUUCCCCCAAAGCAGAGAUCACUCCGUUCUUCAGCCGAUUCCGCCCCCGUCGGCAGGUGCUGGUGGUGCUGCUGGUGGACCAUGUGGACCCUGGUGAGCUGGGUGACCUUAGUGACAGGGCUGGUGGCUGGAACACAGUGUCCAGACGGUCAGCUCUGCCCUGUGGCCUGCUGCCUGGACCCGAGAGGAGACACCUACAGCUGCUGCAAUCCCGUUCCGGACAAGGGGCCCACGGUGCUGAGCCGGCACCUGGGCAGACGCUGCCAGACCGACGCCCAUUGCUCUCCUGGCUACUCCUGCAUCCUCACUGUCUCGGGGACCUCCAGCUGCUGCCCAUUCCCAGAGGCCGUGUCAUGCGGGGACGGCCACCACUGCUGCCCCCGGGGCUUCCACUGCAGUGCUGACGGGCAGUCCUGCUUCCAAAAGUCAGAUACCAAGUCCUUGGGUGCCGUCCAGUGCCCCGACAGACAGUUCGAGUGCCCCAGCUCCUCCACGUGCUGCACUAUGCCCGACGGCUCCUGGGGUUGCUGCCCCAUGCCCCAGGCUUCUUGCUGUGAAGACAAGGUGCACUGCUGUCCCCACGGCACCUCCUGUGACCUGGCUCAUGGCCGCUGCCUCACAGCGACAGGCACCCACCCCCUGGCAAAGAAGAUCCCUGCACGGAAGACUAAAGGGUCAGUAGUCUUGUGCCCAGAUGCACAGUCCCAGUGCCCCGACGGUUCUACCUGCUGCGAGCUGCCCAGUGGAAAGUAUGGCUGCUGCCCAAUCCCCCAUGCCAUCUGCUGCGCCGACCACUUGCACUGCUGCCCCCAGGACACUGUGUGUGACCUGAUCCAGAGUAAAUGCCUCUCCGAGAAGAACGUUACCGACCUCCUCACCAAGCUGCCCGCACACACAGUGCAGGAGGUGAAGUGUGACAUGGAGGUGAGCUGCCCCGACGACUACACCUGCUGCCGCCUGCAGUCCGGGGCCUGGGGCUGCUGCCCUUUUGCCGAGGCUGUGUGCUGUGAAGACCACGUGCACUGCUGCCCGUCUGGGUUUAGGUGUGACACAGAGAAGAGUACCUGUGAACAGGGGGCCUACUCGGUGCCCUGGUUGAAGAAAGUCCCAGCCCAUGUCAGCCUGCCGGACCCCCGAGCCAUGGAGAAUGAUGUCCCCUGUGAUAACACCACCAGCUGUCCCUCCUACAAUACCUGCUGUCGACUCCCAUCCGGGGAGUGGGGCUGCUGUCCAAUCCCAGAGGCUGUCUGCUGCUCAGACCACCAGCACUGCUGCCCCCAGGGCUACACAUGUGUGGCCGGGGGGCACUGUACGAGGGGGAACAAGGUGGUGACCGGACUGGACAAGGUGCCUGCCCGCCGGGCUUCCCUGUCCCACUCCAAAGACACGGGCUGUGACCAGCACACCAGCUGCCCGGUGGGGCAGACCUGCUGCCCGAGCCUGAGCAGGGGCUGGGCCUGCUGCCAGCUGCCGCACGCUGUGUGCUGUGAGGACCGCCAGCACUGCUGCCCGGCCGGGUACACCUGCAAUGUGAAGGCCCGAUCCUGUGAAAAGGAGGCGGGCUCUUCCCACCCUGCUGCUCGCCUGGCCCACGGCCCUCUCGUGGGUGUGGGUAACGUGGAGUGUGGGCAGGGGCACUUCUGCCACGAUAACCAGACCUGCUGCCGAGACAGCCGUGGGGACUGGGCCUGCUGUCCCUACCCCCAGGGCACCUGUUGUCCGGACAGGCGUCACUGCUGUCCUACUGGCUUCCACUGUGGGACCAAGGGCACCAAGUGUUUGCGCUCGGAGGCCCUGCCCUGGGACGCUCCUCAGAGGGACCCGGCCCCGAGACAGCUGCUGUGAGGAGGGAUUGAGGACUGAAGACACUCCGCAGCCCUCGGGACCCUGCUCAGAGGGUGCCCACUGCUCAGGCCUCCCCAACACCUCUCCCCCCACCACAUUCUCCCAGACCCCCAUUUCUGAGUACCCCUGUCACCCUGGGAGGUGAGGCCUCAAUCUAAGGCCCUCCCUAUCCCAAGGGGGGCUGUGGCAAAAGCCACCUUUCAAGCUGCCAUCCCCUCCCCCAGUUUCCGUGGAACCUGUGGCCAGGUGCUCUUCCCUAUCCACAGGUGUGCGUGUGUGUAUGUGCUGCAUAAAGUUUGUACACUUUC